UGCCAGCUUCGAGAUUGGUGCGCUAGUGUUCUGUGAGUGCGGUCGAAUAUUCGAGAUACCUGCCGGAAGGUGUUCGAUUCACGCAAUUUUAGGUUAAAAGACGAUUGUGCUUUCGCCAAUUUAUUCCCGUGGCUAAAAAAACUUAAUCCCAAGGUGCUUACUACUCGUAGUCUUUUAUAAUAUUUAUACUCGUUAAAUAUGGCUAAAUGGGGCGAAGGAGAUCCAAGAUGGAUCGUGGAAGAAAGGCCUGAUGCCACAAACGUAAAUAACUGGCAUUGGACUGAGAAAAACGCCAGCCCCUGGUCACAGGAGAAAAUCAAAGAACUAUUCAAUAACAUCAAAGUUAACACUGAUGAAGCUGAUAUUAAAAUUUCAGAAGUUGACAAGUGCACAGGUGAGGCAUCUGCCAACAACCGUAAAGGAAAAUUGAUAUUCUUCUAUGAAUGGGAGCUCACUUUAAAGUGGACUGGUAAACUGAAAGGUGGUGAUACUGAACUUAGUGGUAAAAUAAAAAUACCAAAUUUGUCAGAGGAAAACGAUGUAACAGAUUUGGAUAUUCAAAUUUCCAUUGACGAAAAUGACGACGAAAGUGAAAAAUUAAAGAAAAUAAUGUUCACUAAAGGCAAAGAUGUGGUAAGGGAUCAAAUAGGCAAAUACAUCUCCGGUUUAAAAGUGGAGUUCUCAAAAGGCAUGAUUUUACCAAAAAAAGAUGAAGUAAAACCAGACAAUGUUAAAACCUUGACAAGUGGAUUUAACAAAAAAAUCAACAUGACUCCUGUGGCAAUCGAAUCUAAACAAAUAGGCUUAAAAAUUGAUACCACCACAAUAAAGACUGUGCAUAAAUUUCAAUGUACAGCUCAAGAAUUUUAUGAUGCCCUUACAAGAGUCGAGUUAGUCACAGCAUUUACCAGAGGCCAUGUCAAAUGUGAUCCAGUAAAAGACGGCAAAUUUGAAUUGUUCGGUGGUAAUAUCGUUGGCAAAUUUAAAGAACUAGUUCCUCCAAGCAAAAUUGUUAAAUUAUGGAGGUACAAACAAUGGCCUGAAGGGCAUUAUUCUACUGUCACAUUAUCAAUUGAUCAAAAGAAUGACCACACUGUUGUAACACUAGAACAAACUGGAGUACCAACUGCAGAAGCUGAUGUGACUAGAGGAAACUGGGAUCGCUAUUACUGGGACGCCAUGAAACAGGCCUUUGGUUUUGGAGCCUUUUUCACAUAAUCAAUAAUUAGGCACUGUUUUGAAAUACAAUCCAAUGGAUUUUUAGAUCAUGAAAAUGAAUAGCUAAUUUUACAUACUUAAUACAAUUUUUAUAAUUUAUUGUAUUGUGAGGGUAUUUACAAUUCGGUUUUUUUUGCUUUAAGUAUUUAUUUUUUACAGAUUUUUGAAUGGUAAGAAUAAAUAAUUCCAAACCGAA